ACACAACUCAAACUGUGCUGAAAGUCUCGUUCAUACCGUGGCCUCCGUAUUUGACCGUCGCCUACCGCGGCGACAAGCUGGCAGUGGGCGGACCCAUGGGUCAAGUGCUGGACGCCCUCACUAACAGCCUGAAUAUGACGUUUGAAGCAACACUUCCGUCUGAUGGCCAGGUAGGAAUCCGGCUCCCAAACGGCUCUUGGACAGGAGCCGUCGGCAACGUUCAGAGAAGGGAAGUGGACAUGACCAUCGUGGCCAUGAUCCAGUCUCACAGUCGCAUGGCGGUCGGCCAGUACGGUCCUCCCAUCAUGUACGUGCAGUUGGGCAUUCUCUCGGGCACCGGAGUGAGCACGUCCAACGUAUUCGGAUACAUACUCACGUUCGACUGGAAGGUUUGGGCUCUGCUUCUCAGCGCCGUGCACGGACUCGUCGGUUAA